AGCAUACCAUUUUAUUUUUUACGUUUUCCUUUCUUUCUUUUUUACUGGACCAAUUUUAGGAUGGUGUUAUAUUGCUGCUCGAGCGCCUUGGAACUUUAUAUUAAGUUCACCUGCAGCUUUUUAUUCGUGUUUUUACUGUUCCAAAUUCCACAGUCCUCCUCGCCUUUAAUUACAGGUAAAAUACAUUGACUUGGCCUAUUUUUUUCAAAACAUGUCAAGUAAUUGACAAAAACAAGAAUAUAGUCCAAAAACUAGCCUAUUAGGCCUACGGGAAUAGGCUAUUCACUUUUCCCGUUACUUCCCACUAGGCACAGACGUCAGCUCAAUGUCUAGUUUUGAUUUACAUUUGGUUGAGUUGUCAACUAACGUUAAAUCAACAACAAAUGUCACCAUGUCAUUGAAUUGAGGUUAUAAGUUGGGUUAAAACAUUUUUUUUUUGAAAUGCCCUUACGUUGAUGCCUUUUUGCAAAUCCAAUCAUCAUCACCCCAUUCAGCUGAAACAUUUAGAAUUUGACAAGCAACCUUCUGUCGGGUAACUGGUACCGCCGGGCUCGUUUGAAACCUUAUGAUAGGCGCAUUGCAUUACCAGUAUCAUUUGCCAAUCUACUGUUUUUGGAAACUCGUGUUGGGUCGUGCUGUCGAGGUCAGUAUCCAAGUCACCUGGCGCGUUAUCAUUGUGCAAACAUGAUAAUUUAUUUCAGGGGAAAGAAAAACCUGCCUAUCGGUAUCAACUGAGUAGGCUACCAUUAUAGUAUAAUCCUAACGGAUCAAAUUCCCAUGGCGUGUCGCUACCUGGUAUUCGAAAUAUGCGGUAUAUCAUCUGUCUAUUGUCUUCCAUGCAGGGCCCGGAGUUGAAGGCACCGUUUUCGUGGGAGAGGAAAGUUGGCUGGUUGUAGAAAGACAAAUGCGCCCUGUCACUGUUCUCCGCUGCAGGAGGUGGAUGAAGAGUAAACAACAUUUAUAGGGCUAUUCAUUCAUCUCCGUUUUAUAAAAUAAGAAAAACCUCAUUGGAUUGAGGCUAAAGUAGUCCUCUGUAGCUCAAUUGGUAGAGCACGGCGCUUGUAACGCCAGGCUGGUGGGUUCGAUCCCCGGGACCACCCAUACGUAAAAAUGUAUGCGCACAUGACUGUAAGUCGCUUUGGAUAAAAGCGUCUGCUAAAUGGCAAAUUUAUAUAUAAAGGUUUCCCCACAAUCACUUAAAUCUGUGCUGGUUUAAUUACACGCGAAGGUUGUAGGGUAGGCUAACGUCGGGGUAAUUGCCUCCCCCCACCCCUCCUGUAAUUCUCACAGAACCACUUUGUCACCUAAUACUUUCCCUUGCUGCCACUACCUGCUCAAAUAAAAAUGUUAUGUCUCAUCUAAAUUUAAGUCGCUCUAACAAAAUCAUUCUGAGAUAAGCUGAUCUAAUAUUUCGUCAUUUAGAAAAAGUUAUAGGCUAUAGCCUAUAUAAUCAAAUUAAGUUAGAAAUAUAAACUUGUCGAUAAAACUCAGACUAUUAGGCCUACUUCUUUUAACGUUUACAAAAUAUACCUCACCGUCAUGGCAUAGCCGGUGCAAUGCGUGGUAGGCCUAAAGAAAAAGCACAAUUCGAAUAUGGCAAGCCUGUCCAUAACAUAAUUUCUAUGAUGCGUGUUGUUUCGCUGUUUUAUCACGUCAAUGAGGAUGAAAAGGCGCGAAUUUAUUGCCUCUCUCCUUGCGCCCUUCACAGGUACAGAAGCCAGCUGCGAGAACGAAGGAGAGGUGCUCCACAUACCCAACAUAACGGACAACCCGUGCAUCACCUGCGUCUGUCUGGUGAGAACAAAUCCCAAUUCUUGCUAAAUAACUUUCAAAUGGUGUUAGGGCAGGUAAUUGUUAGUUGACAUUGAGCUACAGGCUUCUGCUUCCCUUUUUGUUCUUGGCACGUAGGUUCCGGCGGAGGAGGAACACAACGUAAUUGUUGUGCGUAAUUCUUGCCUCUGCACUUGACUGAAUAACCUUAAUAUUCAUAUUGUGGCCUAAUUAUGUAUAGUCUAUAGCCGAGUUGUAGGUCCUAAGUGGGCAAAUAGGCCUGUACAGUUUUUUUCUAUUAAUCACAAAGAAUGAUGAAUGUUGCCACCUUUUCAAAAAGAGCAUUAGGCUAGUUAUGUAAUUAUUUCCCUUCUAAGCCCACACUGGCUUUUAAACAACAUUGUAUUGUUUGUUUAAAGACGCCCCGACUGCCUGUUAAAUCCAGGCUACAAAUGUCAAAGGAGGCGUCUUUCCUGGAACAAUGUGAAGGUCAUUGUUUUAGGGGUUGAGAAUGGAAGUGAGAGGCUUUUCUGUCACCAGCAGCCAGAUUCAAUAAUACUCUCCCUCGCCUGUCUUUUUAGUCCCUCUUUAAAAGUGUAAUGUGGUGAGGAAGUUUCAACAAAUGUCCUGUUUGACUUGCAGGGUAUUUGCCCUAUGUGAAACAGAGAAACAGUGUGUGUGUGCAAGGUUAUAUAUGUAUGUGUGCACUGUGCGUGCUACUUUGGCCGUGCUGCCUCUGCUGGCUCUAGCGGCUCUGAUAGUCUCUUUGAUAUGUCUCCUCUGCUAACCACCUCCUUAUCAGGCUUCCAUCACUAGGAGCCCUGCUGAAUGCUAUCAGUCAUCAGAGGGCCACGGCUAGCCUUUCAUCUUGGCCCGUCCGCCAUGUCACUGGCCCCAGUGUGUCGCCAUGCUGUCUUUAGGGGGGGUUAGCGGAUUUUAAAGGGUGGGGGGUGAGCCGUCAGGGCUCUAGUGUCACUCACAGGCUCCCAGUUGCGGAGUACCUGUUAAUGGCACUUCACUGGCGGAAACUGAGGCACACAGAGAAGCCAUUCUUUUCAGCAGUCGUCUCACUAGACGCAGGAAUCUGCCUCCCGCUCGCUAAACAUAAUAUACAGACAGCCAGUUAACCUGCUGUCUACUACUCUCCCUCUCUUUUUGCCCCCUCUUUCUCGGUAGCAGUGAUUGAUGAGCUCAGUGGGCUGACCAGUGAUCUGCAAACAUUUGGAAGCCAAAGGUCCUUUCCUGUUCCAACCGCUCCACAAACAUGGAGAUCAAUACUCACCGUGUAACUUUACAGUCUUUACCUCUGCCGCUGACGUUAUCAGCAAACCACUAAGCCAGAGAGCAUGUCUGUCUAGGUACAGAGAUGCAAUAACAUUCGAUUUAUGUGCGGAAUCGGCAUGUGAAGGGUUCUUCGGCUGCCUAUAGGAAAACACUUUGAAUAACCAUUUUUGGUUGCAGGUAGAACCCUUUUGGGUUCCAUGUAGAACCUUUUCUACAGAGGAUUCUACAUGGAACCCAAAAUGAUUUUACCUGGAACCAAAAAGGGUUCUCCUAUGGGGACAGCUGAAGAACCCUUUUGGAACCCUUUUUUCUAAGAGUGUAGUCUAGAAGACUCACAGAAGACACAAUCCUCCUUUAUUUCCCGCUCUCUCUCUCAUCCUUUUCUUUCCCCCUUUCUGUCAGUGCACUGUGAGGUUAGUGGUACAGUUCUCCCAGUGGUCUAUAGAGCAAAGAUGGUGUUAGAGAACUGUCAGGGCAGCAUUGCUAUUGGACCUCCCAGGAUACUUCUAAUGGAGGGGUAGAGACAUUUUUAUAUAUAUAUAUACACUGCUCAAAAAAAUAAAGGGAACACUAAAAUAACACAUCCUAGAUCUGAAUGAAUGAAAUAAUCUUAUUAAAUACUUUUUACUUUACAUAGUUGAAUGUGCUGACAACAAAAUCACACAAAAAUUAUCAAUGGAAAUCAAAUUUAUCAACACAUGGAGGUCUGGAUUUGGAGUCACCCUCAAAAUUAAAGUGGAAAACCAAACUACAGGCUGAUCCAACUUUGAUGUAAUGUCCUUAAAACAAGUCAAAAUGAGGCUCAGUAGUGUGUGUGGCAUCCACGUCUGAGGGGUCUGAAGAUCUCAUCUCGGUACCUAAUAGUAGUCAGGCUACCUCUGGCGAGCACAUGGAGGGCUGUGCGGCCCCCCAAAGAAAUGCCACCCCACACCAUGACUGACCCACCGCCAAACCGGUCAUGCUGGAGGAUGUUGCAGGCAACAGAACGUUCUUCACGGCGUCUCCAGACUCUGUCACGUCUGUCACAUGUGCUCAGUGUGAACCUGCUUUCAUCUGUGAAGAGCACAGGGCGCCAGUGGCGAAUUUGCCAAUCUUGGUGUUCUCUGGCAAAUGCCAAACGUCCUGCACGGUGUUGGGCUGUAAGCACAACCCCCACCUGUGGACGUCGGGCCCUCAUACCACCCUCAUGGAGUCUGUUUCUGACCGUUUGAGCAGACACAUGCACAUUUGUGGCCUGCUGGAGGUCAUUUUGCAGGGCUCUGGCAGUGCUCCUCCUUGCACAAAGGCGGAGGUAGCAGUCCUGCUGCUGGGUUGUUGCCCUCCUACGGCCUCCUCCACGUCUCCUGAUGUACUGGCCUGUCUCCUGGUAGCACCUCCAUGCUCUGGACACUACGCUGACAGACACACGCAAACCUCUUGCCACAGCUCGCAUUGAUGUGCCAUCCUGGAUGAGCUGCACUACCUGAGCCACUUGUGUGGGUUGUAGACUCCGUCUCAUGCUACCACUAGAGUGAAAGCACCGCCAGCAUUCAAAGGUGACCAAAACAUCAGCCAGGAAGCACUAGGAACUGAGAAGUGUCUGUGGUCACCACCCUGCAAAAACCAGUCCUUUAUUGGGGGUGUCUUGCUAAUUGCCUAUAAUUUCCACCUGUUGUCUAUUCCAUUUGCACAACAGCAUGUGAAAUGUAUUGUCAAUCAGUGUUGCUUCCUAAGUGGACAGUUUGAUUUCACAGAAGUGUGAUUGACUUGGAGUUACAUUGUGUUGUUUAAGUGUUCCCUUUAAUUUUUUGAGCAGUGUGUAUAUACACUACCAGUCGAAAGUUUGGACACCUACUCAUUCAAGGGUUUUUCUUUAUUUGGACUAUUUUUUACAUUGUAGAAUAAUAGUGAAGACAUCAAAACUUUGAAAUAACAUAUAUGGACUCAUAUGGUAACCAAAAAAGUGUCAAACAAAUCAAAAUAUAUUUUAUAUUUGAGAUUCUUCUAAGUAGCCACCCUUUGCCUUGAUGACUGCUUUGCACACUCUUGGCAUUCUCUCAACCAGCUUCAUGAGGUAGUCACCUGGAAUGCAUUUCAAUUAACAGGUGUGCCUUCUUAAAGGUUAAUUUGUGGGAUUUCUUUCCUUCUUAAUGCGUUUGAGCCAAUCAGUUGUGUUGUGACAAGGUAGGGGUGGUAUACAGAAGAUAGCCUUAUUUGGUAAAAGACCAAGUCCAUAUUAUGGCAAGAACAGCUCAAAUAAGCAAAGAGAAAAGACAGUCCAUCAUUACUUGAAGACAUGAAGGUCAGUCAAUACAGAACAUUUCAAGAACUUUGAACGUUUCUUCAAGUGCAGUCACAAAAACCAUCAAGCGCUAUGAUGAAACUGGCUCUCAUGAGGACCACCACAGGAAUAGAAGACCCAGAGUUACCUCUGCUGCAGAGGAUAAGUUCAUUAGAGUUACCAGCCUCAGAAACUGCAGCCCAAAUAAAUGCUUCACAGAGUUCAAGUCACAGACACAUCUCAACAUCAACUGUUCAGAGGAGACUGUGUGAAUCAGGCCUUCAUGGUCGAAUUGCUGCAAAGAAACCACUUCUAAAGGACACCAAUAAGAAGAAGAGACUUGCUUGGGCCAAGAAACACGAGCAAUGGACAUUAGACCGGUGGAAAUCUGCCCUUUGGUCUGGAGUCCAAAUUGGAGAUUUUUGGUUCCAACCGGCGUGGCUUUGUGAGACGCGGUGUGGGUGAACGGAUGAUCUCCGCAUGUGUAGUUCCCACCGUAAAGCAUGGAGGAGGAGGUGUUAUGGUGUGGGGGUGCUUUGCUGGUGACACUGUCUGUGAUUUAUUUAGAAUUCAAGGCACACUUAACCAGCAUGGCUACCACAGCAUUCUGCAGUGAUACGCCAUCCCAUCUGGUUUGGGCUUAGUGGGACUAUUAUUUGUUUUUCAACAGGACAAUGACCCAACACACCUUCAGGCUGUGUAAGGGCUAUUUUACCAAGAAGGAGGAGUGAAGGAGUGCUGCAUCAGAUGACCUGGCCUCCACAAUCCCCCGACCUCAAACCAAUUGAGAUGGUUUGGGAUGAGUCGGACUGCAGAGUGAAGGAAAAGCAGCCAACAAGUGGUCAGCAUAUGUGGGAACUCCUUCAAGACUGUUGGAAAAGCAUUCCAGGUGAAGCUGGUUGAGAGAAUGCCAAGAGUGUGCAAAGCUGUCAUCAAGGCAAAGGUUGGCUAUUUGAAGAAUCUCAAAUAUAACAUAUAUUUUGAUUUGUUUAACACUUUGUUGGUUAUUACAUGAUUCCAUAUGUGUUAUUUCAUAGUUUUGAUCUCUUCACUAUUAUUCUACAAUGUAGAAAAUAGUACAAAUAAAGAAAAACCCUGGAAUGAGUAGGUGUGUCCAAACUUUUGACUGGUACUGUAUAUGUUUUAUUGUCACACACCAGAUAGGUGCAGUGAAAUGUGUUGUUUUACAGGGACAGCCAUAGUAGUAUGGCACAGGAGGUUGGUGGUACCUUAAUUGGGGAGGAUGGGCUCGUGUUAAUGGCUGGAGCGGAGUAAGUGGAAUGGUAUACAAAUACAUCAAGCACAUGGUUUCCGUCCUCCCCUCAGCAGCCUCCACUGUAGUAUGGCACCCCUGGAUUAAAUUAGGGUUAAGAUUUUCACCUUAUCGGAUCGGUUAUCCGAACCGCUAGGCUACCUGCCAGGACAUAAAGAAGGACAACAACCAUCUGAAUUCAAAGAAAAUUCAUGGAACUAGCCUACCUACACAUCGGAGCCAACAGUUACAUUCAGUUCAUUCAGCACCAUUCACUUUCUACCACUGGUGCAGGAAUAGGCCUACUUCUUGGAAAGGCUUGUGACUGCUCAGUGAAAUGUAUAUAUUGCCCUAUCCUUUUUCAUCUAGUUGUAAGUCGCCACUGCUGCUCUGUGGGGUCGCGACCUGUUUGUUUUGGAGGGAGGUGAAGGGUCACGAGGGCAAGUAGUCCAGGCUUAAGUAGGCCUUUGACUUGAGUGCACCUCUGAAGAGCCUUUUAGUGAUCUCUCCAUCCUUCCAUGAAAGACCGGCGGCACGGUGGCUGGCGAGCAUGUCAGCUUGUUCUGGCAUGCCCUCUGAGGCCAGGCUGAGAGAUAGAGGGAGGAGAGAGAGUGAUAGUGGAAAAGACUGGGAGAGAGAAAUUAUACAUAGACCAUGGUUUGACUGAACACAUUUUGAUUAUCUGAAGUUGGCAUAUGGAGAUAGUGAAACUGACUGUGCUGUCGCCAUCUAGUGAUCAUCUGCCCAUAGCACAUGACCAUCAUGUCAGUGAUCAAUACAUCUUACAUAUUUUACAUAUAUAUGUUUAGAUGGUCUCAUUAACCUAUCAACAUGUUAUUACCCCUCAGGUCAAAGAUUUCUCUAGUUAUUAUGCUAGAGAAUAGCAGUAGUCCAAUAACAAUCCCCAGACCACCCGUUGGCCUAUUAGAAGCCACGACAUACCACCAGUAGACCAGUAAGAAGCCUCAGAAAGUGCACGGUUUGUUGAGUGUUUAUGAGGCGUGGUGACCUGAAUUGACCCCUGACCUUUGCUGAGAGGGGUCAAACCUCUUCACACCACUUAGUGUUAAUGUCUGCCGAGUGGAAUGGCUCCAUAGCCCAACUGGGAAAGCACAGGUGUGGAGAGACAUAAAGAUUCAAGGACAAAGAUGUGACCACUAUGACACUACUGGAGAUAACUGGGGUCCUCAGAAAAGACACAUAACUUCUCUCCACUCUUUCUAUUUCUCUAUCUAUCUCUCUCUCUCUCUCUCUCUCUCUCUCUCUCUCUCUCCUCUCUCUCUCUCUCUCUCUCUCUCUCUCUCUCUCUCUCUCUCUCUCUCUCUCCAGUCUCUUUCUCUCCUAAUGUCUGAUGGUAUCUGUCUUCCUUUCUGUCAUUCCUUCCAUAUCUCUUUCUCUCACUUUCAAUCCAUCCCUCUAUCUAUCUGGCAUCAUAUAUCUCCCUCUCAGACAUAUUUGUCUCAAACUGGCUGUUGAAAGUGCUCUGAAAAUUCCUACAACUUAGGCCAGUGGUUUAGAGAGGGCUUUACAUAGACUGUGUGGAUUCCAUGUGCCUUCGCCUCUCGCCGCCCUUCUCUCACCCUCCCUCUCUCACCGCCCUUCUCUCACCCUCCCUCUCUCGCCUUCACUGAUGACAUCACCCAAACCAGCGUGGUUAGGGAUCCAGUGAAAGCACUCCGUAAAUAAAACCGCCCAGUUUUAUUUUAGUUAUCUGGGCCACAGUCCGGCUUUGAAGUUGACUCAUUAUACACUCCAGUUAGGUUGCACCGAGUAAAUGGGGACUAUAUAAAGAGAGUGUAUAAAGCUAGUGGCAAAGUGAUAAUGUUAAGGGAGUAUAUAAAGUGAGAAGAGAGAAAGAGAAUUUCUGCAUAAAGUACAUGUAACUCGAGUGAUCUUAUCAAGUGAGUUCAUUUUAGCCUUUAAAAAGUGAGUGUGUCGACAAAGAAUGUGUAGGAGUUUUUAUUAUGUGAAUACACUGAUGGCAAACAAAAAGUGUCUCUCUCUUCCUCUCUCUCCCCCACUUUCUUUCUCUCUCCUCCCCCUCUUUCUUUCUCUCUCCUCCACUCUCUUUCUAUCUUUCUCUCUCUCCUCCCCCCUCUCUCUUUCACGCUAUCUCUCUCCCCUCCCUCCUUCCCUCCCUCCCUCCAUCAGGAAGGGAAGGCAGACUGUAAGCAGGAGAAGUGUCCCCUGGUGUCUGAGGACUGUGCUCUGGUGGUCAAACAGACGGGAGCCUGCUGUGAGAGAUGCAAAGGUGAGCAGCAUACACACUCUACUACUCUCAUCACCAUGAAAACAUGAGGUCAAAGGUUAGGGGAUGCAUGUACUGUUCUGUCGUCUCAGAGAGACCAGUAGACUUGGAACUUUGUCUAGUGGAGUGAGUUAGGUCUACCUUUGGAUCUCUUUAGUGUUAAUGUAUAGACCUUGCUGCAGCAUUGCAGUGAUGUUGUUUGAUGGUUGUGUUCAGGUAACAGGGUCAUUGAUGCUACCUGUAGGAGUGAGGGUGACGUGACAGCUUGAGUCCCACAGUAGAAGACAGUCAGUCCAGCUGCACUGGUCAACCUACUUAUUUAACCACUACUGCCUCCUUGUGGAAGAAUGAGGAAUCGUUUUUCUUCCCACAGGACAAUAGUUACUGUGCAUGUGUGUAUGUGUACUGUUUCAGACCAAUUGAAGAUUCUGCUUGAGGGUAAAUUGCUACAUACACAAACACAUAUAGCUAUUCCUUUCCCGGCUUCUACUUACACACACCCACAAACGUGACAGGCCUACAGUGGUUCGUAUUUAAGUCUUCAGACCUAUUCUUUCUCACACUGUUUGCCAGCAUCUCUCUCUCUCUCUCUCUCUCUCUCUCUCUCUCUCUCUCUCUCUCUCUCUCUCUCACUCACACUCACACUCACACUCACACUCACACACACAGCUGCAGUGGUGGACUUCUCCUCUCUGGGACCGGUUGGGAUCCGUUGGCGUUGGGUUUACAGGGCACAGAAAUAAACCUAGUUUACAAGCCACUACGCCGCUCCGCCUCCCAGACUUGGACCGCACAUGUUCGCCUCCCGGUCGGAACACACAGGGGUCGGGUAGUGUUGGGGUCACCUUGGACACGGUCCACAGCACAGACUACCUCAUGGUCAGGGGCGCGGCCAUUUGUUAGAGUUAAUUAAAAUUAGAAGAGGUGGAGCUCGCUUAAGUCGACCGUGGAAAGCCCCAUGUUGUCAUGGUGAACGAUAUUAGUGCCUAUUGUUCCCCCAUUGUGGUUGACUUUGGGUUUUAUUCAUGACCAUGAAUUUAGAACAGGAAUUUGCUUAUGUCAGCACAAAAACAUCCCACUGUUCAAAUAUUUCAUGCAGUGGUUUUAUCAUAGGAAUUGUUUUGCUGUGUUUCCAUAACCAGACAACCCUAUAUCCGAUGAAACUGAACAGGUUGUUGAAAUUGAAGAGCGUAUUAAUUUAGUCCCUUAUUGACUAUGGGUGGUGUAUCUGGAGCGUUGUGAUUGCUCAUAGUAGACCUCAGGCCCAGGCCCAUUUCACAUGGUGUUGGGUUACUAAUGGCCUUUUAUCAUGCCCUUGGAAUGGAUCUGGACACUUCACAACAACAUAUUCUGGUAUCUUGAUACACCUAUAUAAUGGAUUGGGGUUGUCAAUCAGAGUGUGUGCAUGCCUGUCUGUCUGUCUGUCUGUCUCAAGUGUCUGAAUUGCACAAAUGUGAAAGUGUCGAGACUACUAAAACUCACCAACACUAUACCAAAUCAAGACAAUCAAAGAAAGGUCUUCCCUAGCCAUAGGGGGCACUAUAGCCAACUGGCUCUGACGGUGGUGGCAGACAGACUCCCUCCAGGCAUCGCUUACAGUGGAUUUCUAACCCUGUGUUAAAUCUGUCUCAACACUUAUGGUCUGGAGAGGCAAACAGCUCUAUGUUCACACAUGUAGUCCAUUUAGUGCUCCAUGUAGACUAUGAGUUUCCACGAACUAGUAAACAUUCACAUCCAGGUUUGGAGUGCUAAUUUUCUAUCUCAUCUAUCGAUAUCUAUCUCAUAUAUAGUUCUCUUUAUAUUUAUCUUUCAGUUCGAUGUCGCUAGCUCUGUAUCUCGAGAGAGCGCAGUAAGCGCGCUCGCUCUGUCUCCCACUGGAUCUCGAUCUCUCUCUCUCUCUCCAUAUCUCUCUCUCUCUCUCUCUCUCUCUCUCUCUCUCUGUCUCUCUUUCUCUACCCCCCCCCCCUCUCUCCCUCUCUUUUUUUGUUAAUUCUUUCCAAUGUGUCAAGUAAUUCUCUUUUUGUUUUCUCAUGAUUUGGUUGAGUCUAAUUGUGUUGCUAUCCUGGGGCUCUGUGGGGUCUGUCUGGUCUCUCCUCUAGGUUGUCAGCUGGAUGGAGAGUCCUAUAAUAGUUCUGUCUCCUGGACCAGCUCCACCAAGCCCUGCAUCUCUCGCCGCUGUCAGGUGAGUGUCACACAGAGAAAUGAAAGAGAGAAAGGGAGGGGAACAGACAGAGAGAGAGAUUAUGAUUAUGAUGAUGAGAAAAGAAAGGAGAGGGAAUGUAAAGAAAAUGAGAAGGAAAGAGGGAGUACUAAGAGAGAGGCAGACAGGGAAGAGGGAGUACUAAGAGAGAGGCAGACAGGGAAGAGGGAAAGAGAGAGGGAAUGGAAAAGAGGCGAACACAGACAGAGGGGGAGUGAGUGAAAGAGAGACGGAUGGAAAGGGAGAGAGAGAUUCAUGAAGAAAGAGAGAAAGAUAAAUGAGGAUCUAGGGAAAGAUAGACAUGUGGAGUGGGAGGCUGAAUGACGCAGACAGAGGAAGUUGGGGAGGGAAGGAGAGAUGUGAGGGAGAGAGAGAAUGAGACAGUGGACAGAUAGCCAAGGGGUUGGAGGAAGAAGAGACAUAAAGAGAAAGAAAGGCAGAUGAAGUUGGGGGGGGGGGGGGGGGGGGGAGAGAGAGAGAGAGAGAGAGAGAGAGAGAGAGAGAGAGAGAGAGAGAGAGAGAGAGAGAUGAUAUAUGGCUCAUUGUCUUUGGGGGAGGAGCCAGGUGAACUUGGCAGUACAGUCCACCCAUCUGAGUCCAAGCCUCCCCAACCCAGUGUCUACCUCACAAGACUAACCCCACAUGUCUCCUCAAAACACAUUCAAACCACAUGUAUACCCAACCUCACUUACUGUAUACACACCACACACUCACAUGGUCCCACAAUACCACUUAAAACACACACACAGAUCUGAACACUAUAAGUCAAUAGCAGUGGACACAGCUGUGUGAGGGAGUGUCAGCUCCAGCAUUGGGGAGGUCCAGUCAAACUAGGCUAUGUGUUAGUAUGCGUGUUGAAGGCUUGCGUGCAAAAAAAACAGAGCUCCCCACACCACUCGAUUACUCCAUCCCCAAGAUACCCACACACAGGGAAAGGGAGGGGGGGGUCUAACCAGUAUCCAGGCCUCACACACAAACAACGUGUUGUGGUCCCUAGUUCUUACACUCCUAGUGUAUGCAGAAUAUAUGUCACUUCUAUUGAACUAAACACAUGGCAGACUAAUGAGGUCUGCCCAGCAAGGGAGGUGUGUGUGUGUGUUUCUGAGCUUCAGGUAAUGGUGGUUCUCAUGGAAUAUCUUGCUGAUUCAGGAUAUUUUAUUCAGGUACAUUUUCAGUGAGUGAUCAGGGGUGUCCCAGUGUGUAGAAUAGAUGCAUGCAUGUGUGAGAUACAGAAUGGUAUGUCCCUAUCUAAUAUCUUGCUUAUGUAGUACAUGCCUUACGUAACUCAAACAGGAUUCAAACCGCUAAGCAACCGAGAGACGAGUUUGUCUAAUACAGGAAUGAGAGGUAUUGAGCAGAAUAUUUGGGAAUAUAGGACAUUCACUGACGUACGUAGCCUAGGACUGGACAGGGAUGCUGCUUGGAAUAUGUCGUAGGAAAUUUGCUUGAAUAAUGAUAAAUAAAUCACUGUUUUAAUUGCUUCCUGCUUUUGACAGGAAGGUGUCAUAACUGAAGCGGAAGUGCAAUGUGUCGUCCACUGCAAGAACCCCAAGAUUCACCCCAAGAAGUGCUGUCCAACGUGCCAGAGUGAGUGAAUGUGUACUCGUGUGUGUGUGUGCGCAUGUGUGUGUGUGUGUGUGUGUGUGUGUGUGUGAGAUAAUAAAGUUAACCUCUGUGUCUCUUUUGUUCCAGGCUGUAUCUUCGAGGGCCGUCUGUACAAAGAGAGGGAAGAGUUUCACCCAGAGGGAAAACCCUGUAUUAAAUGCACCUGCACUGUGAGUAUACACUGUAUAGACAUGCAUGUCUUCAGUCCCCACAGUACAGUGACUGGCCCCUCUGUGGUCCAAAUGAGUUUGUCUUGGCCCCUCUGUAGUCCCCCCCUCCUCCCCUUAGUAAACAAACAGUGGAGGUGAGUGAGUAAACAUAUUAACUUGUGGUGAGUCUGUAAACACAUUAACGCCUCAGUGGGACUAAUGUACACUAUGUCCUGUACCAGCCGUUAAUAAGGGCACACUGCUACAGGGCCAGGGUGAACUGUGACAACUGUCUGGCAUCUAGAGUAGCUGUGUUUGUGAGCUGUUAUAGGUGGCAACCCAGGUUUCACAGGUCCAGACAAAGGUACACAUUAUAUUGUAUAAGGGAAAAGGUCAUUAGGUGGAGAUAAGUUGAAUAAUGCAUAAGAGAAGAUUAAUGCAGCAUUGUUCUAACAUCGAUGUUGUGUUCUUUCAGGGAGGGCGGACCCUAUGCAUCAGGGAGGUGUGUCCUGUCCUCUCAUGCCCCACCCACCUGAGCCACACUCAGCCCGGACAGUGCUGUCCCAAGUGCCUCGGUAACACCCCACUCUCAUCAAAUUCCUAAUAGGACUCUCAGAUAGAAGUCUGGAGAACAUAUUCAUAUUUUAUGAAAAAGAGUACUUAUCUCAAAUUUACACAUUAUUAAAACAUCAUAACAGUUCUAAUAAUUAUCAUCAAACUGAUCUCUUUUUUUCUUUCUCUGUCUCUCCGUCAGGUCAGAGGAAAGUGUUUGACCUGUCGAUGGGAAGUUGUCUGUUCCACAGUGAGGUCUAUGAGAACGGCACCUCCUUCAAGCACGACAACUGCACCAGCUGUACCUGCAAGGUAAGAACUGACCAGGGAACCAGACCCCAGAACUCUAUUCAACGUAUGUACCAUAUCACCAAGUUACCAUCAAUAACUGACCCCUUCUCCUUCCCUCGUAUCUCUCAACCUUCAACUUCUUAUAUGCCAUAUUACCAAGUUAUUAAUUAGUAAUAAGAUUACCAAGUUCAUCAAUAACUGACUUCUUCACCUUCCCUCGUAUCCCUCCACCUUCCCAGAAUUCCACUGUGGUGUGCAGGAAGCGCUGCUCUCGGCCUGGCAGUUGCCAUGGUGACCAGUGCUGUGAGGAGUGUCUGUCCUUCGUGAAGGUAGCGGAAGUGAAGUACUGCCGGGUCAGGAACAAGAUCUACCGGGUGAGACACUGUGGGACAACACCCUAAUGAUGCAUCCCUGAUAUCAACUUCGAAAAAUAGAACCUUACCAUUGCCUCAACAUUCAACACUGAUACUAUCCACAGCAGCUGUCCUUAUUCUGACAUUUAUAUGCAUAUUUAUACAGACAUUAAUACUUGAUUGAUAAGUUGAUUGAUGUUGUGGUUGAUUGGUUCCCUCUCUGCUUCUUACUCUGCUCUAGGAGGGAGACAUGUGGUCGUCUGUGAACUGCACCCUGUGUGCCUGUAUCAAUGGGGCCAUCGAGUGCCAGCCAAAGCAGUGUGUGCCAAUCAUCAGCUGCCCCUCGGUGAGUGACAGGCUCAAGGCCCAAUCACAAACUGUCUCUUUUUGUAUCACGCCUUUUUCAUUCCAGGAAUUGUUCAAUUAAGUGAUGUGAAUGACGACAUCGAUUAGAAUAUACUUUAAAAAAUAUGCUCACUCACUUUACCUAUCACCUUAACGCUGGAAUCCGUACUUGGUGAAACUGCCAUGUCCGUUUGCGAUAUUACAACAACAAAGUAGUUACUUCAAACAACAAACACCGUUUUUUUCCCUCAGACAUCAUUGCAAAUCAUUGCACCCGUGAUAGAACAGCAGAGUAUGUACUGCAAGUUAUUUUUACCACAAUGCUGAAUGCUCCUCCCCUCCGUUUCAUCAACAAAAUAAAAACAAUAACAAAUGCGCUGGGGCGGACAGUGGCUCUGUUUUACCGUAUGCAGAUUUCAGCUUUAAACAAUUUCCCACCUGCAAUUUACAUGCAUUUAUCCCUAUGUUAUGAACACUGCCUAUACCUAUAGGACAUAUCCCUGUGGUCCCUCUGUUCUCACUGAAUCAUCAACAUGAGACAGUCCCUUUCACACUUCAUCACAUAAACAACCUACCACGACCAUCACGUCCCCAUCCAUCUGGUCCCUUUCCCGCUCAGACAGACAGAGGUUGUCUACCGUCCAGAGUUACUAUCUGUGACUAACCGCCACACGUUAAAUCCACAUGCGUGACGUGUUGGUGUCACUGUAGGCAGCUGGCUGGAAGCUGAUUUAGCGGUGGAGCGGUAAGGAGCAGUCAGAACCGAUUCACCUGGGCCAGAACAGUGUGAGUGGGCCAAGGCACGACUGUGGUAACUUACCACAGUAACCAUACCUUCCGCUGUCAAGUGGUUGAGUAACGGUCCCAGUUCGCACGGCUGUCACCUGUCAUACGGUCGCGUUGAGGUCACCUGUCUUGGGAUGAUGUAGUAGAUUCUUUGAAAUCCAGUGACCAAAUGGUCAGUUACUUAUUCAUGCUGUCAGUGACCAGCGUUCACACGGUUACAAUGGUUACAUAGCCUCACCUGUUAUGGUCACAUAGCGGCUGUUUGUUGCACGGUAAUGUAGUGGUCAUCUGUUCUUUCAUACGUUCAUAUAGUCGACAUUAAAGGCUCAUUGCCAUUAUUUUUUAAGCUAGCAACCCACCACCAUCACAUAUACACAACACCCAUAUGGUUAUGGAGCAGAUAAUGGUCAAAUAGUAGCAUAAUGAACUGUCAUACGGUCAUCAGUCAGACAGUAAAAUGACAGUCACAUAUGGCUGCCUUUGUCAUGGAUUCCUAGUGGUCACACAGCGUUCACCUGUCAUACAGUCAUGUAGUAUAUCUCCUAACGGCCAUCUGUGUUUGUGUCUUGGUCACUGGGUCAUGGUCAUCUGUCGUAAUAGUCACAUAACAGCCAAAUGAGACAUGGUCACCUAACGGUCAAUUGCAAUAUAGAUAUGGUCACAUAGCGGUCACCUGUCAUACAGUAUCACAACAUCCACUCAUCAUACCUUCCCGGUGGUCAUGUAGCGUUCACCUGUCACACUGUCACAGUGCAGUCACCCAUAUGUCUGCCCCUCUGUCCCAUAGGAGACAUACAGUCUCCAGUCAGGUCUUUGUCUGGGUGAUGUUUGAGUGACAGUGAAGAAGAGCUUCCAUAUAUUUAGACCCUGAAAGCCAAUCUCUCCAUCUCUCAAAGGCAGAGCUUCAAAGAGGGAGCGCCCUUUGUGCACUGUGAUGAGGGUUGGGUGGGAUCUGUGUGUGUGUGUGUGUGUGUGUGUGUGUGUGUGUGUGUGUGAGUGAGUGAGAGUGAGGAUCUGGGAGAGAGAGAGAGAGAGAGAGAGGAUCUGGGAGAGAGAACAGAUCUGGGGCAACGGUAAGUGGGGGUUGAGGGGGAUAGAGUUCUCAAAUGUGCACAUCUGAUGGAAGUUGAAACGUACCCUCCCCACCCACCCUCUCUCUCUUGCACACACACCAGGCAGAGAGUAACAAUUGUCUGUAUCAAUGUCUCACUGUCCACGUUUGACUGGUUUUGUCUGUGUCUAUGUGUGUGGGUAUUAAUAUGUAAUGUGUCCAGUUGACUGUCUGUCUGUCUCUUGCGCUCUGACUGGCUGCCUACUGAUCUCUCUCUAUGUCUGUGUAUCUAACGGUCUGUCUGUCUCUCCUAGAAUAAGAUCCUGAACAGAACAGGCUGCUGCCCGGUUUGCACUGAAAGUGAGUAAGUUACUCCCCUCUUCCUCUGCUGGGUCCUCACACACCUUUGUGGGUUGGAUUUUGCAGUUUUGUGGCAGUUGUUUCUUUCUUGGUCUUCUCUCAAAUUGAAAUUGAGUCAUGUUGUAUUAAUCGCAGAUUUCUCAUGCAAAAUACAGGAAAACUAGAUGGAUCAAAUUGAUGCCCAUAAUUAAACACACUCCCUCUUUCUCCUCCUUCCCUGCCUCUCUCUCUCCCUCCUAUCACUCCUUCCAGAGCCAGGCGUGUGUACCGUAUUCGGCGACCCCCACUACAACACCUUCGACGGGCGCACGUUUAACUUCCAGGGAACCUGCCAGUAUGUUCUGACUCAAGACUGUGGUGGUGUCCCCUCCGGCGGGGGUGGAAACAGCGCCGACUCUGGCUUCACGGUUCUGGUGAGGAACGAUGCGAGGCGAACCCGCUCCUACUCCUGGACCCAGUCAGUGGAGCUGAGGAUAGGAGGGCUGAGUCUCAGCCUGCACCAGCACCUGACGGUGAGGAGGAACGGCACACGCAUCGCCCUGCCCUACCAUGGCCCUGGGGUCCACAUCGACCUGGAUGGAUACCUGCUUAAACUCACCACCAUCGCAGGUUAGACGGGCUGCAUGUUAACUUCAUUGGAACCCAAAGAACACUGCUAAAGCACACUGUAGCUCCUUUUUGAAGCAUAACUUUGUCUCUCUCUUUCUUUCUCCCUCCUCCCCCUCCAUCAGGUCUGGAGAUCACGUGGGAUGGGGACAGCUUCGUGGAGGUGGUGGCUGCUCCUCACCUGCGCGGUCGUCUCUGUGGCCUCUGUGGGAACUACAAUGGACACAAGCGGGAUGACACCAUGGGCAGCGACGGCCUCUUCAAGUUCGUCGUGGAUGAGUUUGCCGAGUCGUGGCGCGUGGACGGGAACGAGGUUUGUGCACAGCCCCUCAGGAGGCCCACCUCGUACCUCUGUCCCGGCAGUGUAAAGGUGAAGUUCCGCGCCCACAGGGAGUGUCAGAAGCUCAAGUCUUGGGAGUUCCAAAAGUGUCACCGGGUGGUGGACUUUGCCUCCUUCUACAGGUCAGUGGUGCUUGGGGUGUCUCAGGAACAUUGGGGAGCAUAAUUUGACACAACGCUCUUGUGACAUGUUAUUCAUAUAUCAAACGUGAUAUUUCAUUAUCUCCGAUGUGCAUAGAAUGUCCAGUGUUGUGUCGAACAUGGAACCCUCUUAGUAUGGAGAUACAUUUAAUCCAGUCCAUUUAAUUUAAUUCAACAGUUAUUUUUCUUAUCUCUCUCUCUCUCUAGGUCCUGUGUAACAGACAUGUGUGAGUGUCCGGUGCAUAAGAACUGUUACUGUGAGUCCUUCAUUGCCUACAGCCGGGCCUGUGAGAGGGAGGGAGCCCCCGUCCACUGGAAGCCAGAGGCUGCCUGCAUGGGUGAGUGACAGCACACACAGCCUAUCACUAAACUUCAUGGAACAGGGGACUCCCCCCACAUUCAAUUUGCUCAACAGAAUGUAUCUCUGAAAUCCAUUCAUGCAGUUCUGUCAAACCAACCCCAUCUUCUCCCUCCCACCUUCUCAGCCACCCAGUGUAAACACGGAGCGGUGUAUGACACCUGUGGCCCAGGCUGCACCAAGACCUGUGACAACUGGAACGAGAUCGGGCCUUGCCACAAGCCCUGCGUGGCUGGCUGCCACUGCCCAGCCAACCUGGUGCUGUUCCAGGGCCGCUGCAUCAAGCCCACAGCCUGCCCUGGCCGGUGACCCUAGUGUCCCAGGGGAAGGGGGCCGAGAGAGGGCCAAACAACCAACACUGCCUGGCACUCAGGGUUCAUACCUGGGGGAGUGGGGGGAACAUGGGGGGUGAGUGUUGGGUGAUGGAUGGAUGAACAGACAGGCAACGAUGGACUGAAGGGAAUCUCAGAAGACAGGUGGGUCAGCUAGAGGCCUCGUCCACUCUGAGAGAGAUAGAUACCGGCCAUCACGGACUGGGGUUUGAAGCUCCGCUAUCUGCUGCUCUUACUCGUCCAGCAAUACCUUUGUGUUUCCACAGGAUGGCGCCCAUGUUGUCAUUAAAAUGGGAUAGGUAUCUGGAGGGAACCAUCACCCUUCUAGAUAAAGGGGAGGAGGCCCUUUGGGAAAGCCUUUGUGGCUAUGCUUCUGGACACUCAAGGGACAUCCAUCCAGACUGCUAUGGACCCUCAGGAAAAGGGUGGGGCUGGCUCUCUGUUGAGCCAAUAUGGCCUCAGUGUUUCACUUUGUUGCAGCACACAGACAUUCAAAACCAGGAAACCAACCAAUGCAUCUUGAACAAGCAUGUACACCCUGCCAGCAUAAGGGAUAAGCUCUACGAUGAAUAUAUUGAACAACCCCCAGGUCUCACUUGCAUAGGAUUCUUUUAUACUGUAAACUAACAAGAUUUGUAUAAAAACAGAUAGCAUUUUGUAUUAUUAUUAUUGUUAUUUGUUUGUUGUUGAAAUUGUUAAUUUAUAUAUCGAUCAAUUGAUAUGUUGUAGCAAGAGCCAGAUUCAUAAAUCUAAUUUCGCUAUAAAUGAUUUAAAGGGAAAAAAGCUAUUUAUGUAUUUGUUGUUUAGUUUGUAUAAUUGUGUCUUGUUUGAAGAGAAACGCCCAAAUGUGACUUGGUUGUUGCGCCAUCGCAGGGAAGAAACGUACUGUAUUUUUAAAUGCUCAGUGUGUACAGGUUGUUGUGUGUUGAUUCUCAAACUGAAGGUGUUCCUCGAGACGUACAUUUCACUUGACUUUGUAAGUUAUUAUUUAAGACCAGCAAUAUAUAAUUUUCAUGAAACUCAUCUCUGACUGUUUUCUUCCUUUAUUUUGGUUGACUGAUGUGAGG